AUGCGGUUUUCGGUGCUCAGCUACAACGUUUUGCACAGCGCUGCAGCCAAGAGGCUUCGGAGCAGACAGUCUCCUCCUGCGCAGGGCUUCUGGGCCGAUCGUCUGCAGAGAGCUGCAGAGCUGGUCUCACGACUGGCACCGGACAUCGCCUGCUUGCAGGAGUUCGACCCUGCAGCGAAGGAGACCUUUGAAAGGUACCUGCAGGGCUACCGCUGUGCCGUGAUUUUGCAGAACGAGGAUCUGCCACCAAAGGACGGCUGUGCCAUCUUCCUUCGCUCGGAUCUGGUGGUGACAAAGACCCAUUCCUUCCGGAUUCGGGAUGCAGUUGAGAGGCAUUUCCCAGCUUCCCUGGACAUCCGUGGCACCGCCGGCCUUGCAGCUGCCUUGUGGCGUGAGCUGCACGAGAAGCUGAGCGUAGCGGUCGCCGUCGAAAUUGCCGACGAGACCUCCGGAAGGAAGCUCUGCAUCUCAACCAGUCACCUGUACUGGGACCCGCGGUAUCCAGACUUGAAGCUGCUGCAAGCAUUCCUCCUGGCGCGUGAGCUCGAAACAGUGGCGGCCACGGAGCUCAUCCUGGCCGGAGAUCUGAACAGCACUCCUUUGGCAGAUGGGCGCAGCUCGGGCGAGGGAGACCUCUCAGGCGUCUACGAGCUCCUUGUGACAGGCAGAGUGUCUGCUUUGCAUCCACAUCAUCCAGUGCGGAUGAGACCUGGGAGCGGAAUCCUUCGCGGCGUCGGCACGAAGGACGUGCCAGAUCUUCGAGUAUCACCCUUUCACAGCGCCUACAAAGAAGCCCUUGGCUGCGAGCAGGCGGUCACGAACCUGACAAAGGAUUUUCAGGGCUGCCUCGACUACAUCCUUUACCGAGGUACAGGUCUGCAGUUGCGUGGCGUGCGUCCUUUGCCGGAGCAGUUGCCCGAACAGCUGCCAUCAGAGGAACAUCCGUCGGACCACCUGCCACUGUAUGCAGACUUCGAGCUAGAGUAG